AUGGUCAUCCUCGGAGGCCUCGAGCUCGUGGCAGCAGGUUACAUUUUGAAAAAGCACUGUGACAACAAGAGAGAGAAGCAGCGCAUCGAAGAUGAAGCCGCCGCUCUAGAAGAACAGCAAUACCGCAUCUUUCCCUCUGACGGACGCGGUCGUCACUCGCAGUCACAACAUCGAAGAAGACGAUCGCAUAGUCGCAGGAGACAUUCGACGGAUGGAAAAUAUAGGAAAGAGUCUCCGCAACCACCGAUGUCUAGUGCAAGGCCGCCACAAUAUAUCAAUGUGCCAGCGCCUGGGAACAUGCAAAACCCGAUCACAUAUCCUCCGCCGCCACAGAGGCCGAACGGACCACAGCCGCAACAACAGCAGAGACCGCCACAGCCUCAGGAAGCACAAUACCCACCAGAUAUAAAAUACGGAUGGACAGAUGACGAGCCUGCGCGGCCUCUGAGACAACAUGAUGUCAACGAUCCACCGACAGGCUGGCCUGCCAACUGGGAGCAAUCGGUAGCAUCACGCGCUGAGUCUUCGAGGGGCAGACAGGAGAUGCGGACCGAUUCGCCGCAUGUGCGGUUUGCGAGUGAGAGAUACUCGCCGAGUGUGAGGUCUGAGAGUCGGAGCCCUCCGCCGUGUUACAGAGCGUAG